ACGAAGACGAAAUUCUGAGGUUCAUCCAUGGAGCCAAUUGAUGGAUUAACCUCAACCAAUUACAAGGCGGGAUCUGUCUCCAACCUCCAAAUGGCUAUUUCAUCAGUGUUUUCACGGUGGGACGGCCUUCAAAUGGCCAUUGAAAAUCAAUGGGGAGGUCGCGACUCUCACCAAAAAUCACUGAAUCUCGUCUCUGAUGUCUUCUCUUGGUUCUCUCAUUCCAAACCUCCUUUAUACGUGGAAGAUCUAGAAAAUCUGCUCCAUGAAACUCUAUUGCUCUCCUUCAACACCGAGAUUGAAGAUGGCAGCAUCGAACAGCAGGUAGCAGAACAAUUGAUGAUGAUAUACGAAGAAAAUUUGGUGGGAAGUCGUUAGAAAAAAAAAUUGUAGAAUCUUUGUUAAAUCAUACCCUCAAACUUUGAUGUAUUGCUUUUUGGAUUUUUUGGUUUGUAAGAAUUAAUUUACCUAGUUUAUUACCGGUUACAUCGACCUCCAAUGUUAAGUAUGAAUAUCGGUGUAUUUGUAAAUGUGAAUUUCACGUUAUGUUAUUUUUUAAAAAAAGUUUAAUAUACUACAUAAGAUUAAGUAAUUA